AUGGUGUUAGACGACAAGGGCAUCGAGGCGCUGAUCUCUCAGCUGACCUUUGACGAGAAACUCAGUCUCAUAGCGGGCGCCUCAACAUGGAGGACCACAGCCAUUCCUCGCUUGGGUAUUCCAAACAUGAAGCUUUCAGAUGGCCCAUCCGGUGCCCGAGGUGAAAUCUUUGGGGAGAGUGUGCCUGCGGCAUUCUUCCCAAGUGGUGUCAGCUUGGGUGCCACGUGGGACGUAGAUCUCGUGUAUGAGAUAGGUGAAGCUCUUGCAGAGGAGUGCAAAACCAAGUCGGCCUCUGCUAUUCUAGCACCAACCAUGUGUAUCCAUCGUCACCCCCUUGGAGGGCGCAACUUUGAGUCCUUCAGCGAAGAUCCUUACCUGACAGGGAAACUUGCAUCUGCUCAUGUACGCGGUGUACAGUCUCGAGGAAUAGCUGCAACACCAAAACAUUUUGUCGCCAACGACCAGGAAACUCUCCGCUUCAAGUACGAUGCCAUCAUCUCCCAGCGUGCUCUCCGCGAGGUCUAUCUGCUACCCUUUCAGAUGGUUGUUCGGGAAGCAGACCCGUGGUGCAUGAUGACAUCCUACAACAUGGUAAACGGGCACCAUAUGGAUUCUCACAAGGAGAUCCUUACGGACAUUGCCCGAAAGGAGUGGGGAUGGGAGGGACUGUUUAUGAGUGACUGGGGCGGAACCAACACCUCGGUUGAGUCUAUCAAUGCGGGCUUGGAUCUUGAAGUGCCCGGUCCACCAUUGAAAAGGUCUAAAGGGGCUCUGGAAGGCCCCGUCAAGGAAGGACUGGUUGACUUGAAGUGCGUCGACGCCUCAGUCUCGCGCUUGAUCAACCUUUUGCAGAAGACGGGGCGUUUCCAGGAUGCACGAGACAGCCCUGAAUUCUGCAAAAACGAUCCAGGCGUCAACAGCUUGCUGCUUCGAGCAGCUUGCGCAGGUAUCGUCAUGCUCAAGAACGAAGCCAACACACUUCCUCUUCAGCCUUCAGAGAAUAUUAAGAAAAUCGCCAUCCUCGGUCCAAAUGCCAAGAAGGUCGUCGCUGGCGGCGGAGGCAGUUCCUACAUCAGAGCGCCAUACUGGACAUCUGUCUUUGAGUCGGUUGAGAGGGAAUUUGCCGGCACUUCAACCAAUAUUGCUUAUGCGUCUGGAGCAAAAGCGAAUCGAUACCUGGCGACGAUGCCACCUGGACUCGUCCGAAACCCCGACACAGGCAAGCCAGGUGCUGCUGUUGACUGGUUCAUCGGCCACAAUCUCAAUGCUCAGGUCGCUGCAACAACCCACAUCGACGAUCUCUAUUUUAUAGCCUACGGUGUGAUGCCUCCUGAAAUCAACCGCGAGACGGACUUUUCCUUCCGCAUUCGCGCAGUCCUUCAACCCCUGACUUCUGGUCAACACCAACUAUCUCUUGCCAGCAUUGGACCCUCGAAACUCUUUCUUGACGGGGUUGAAGUUGCAUCCCAAUCUGGUGCUUUCGACGAGAAGGGUUCUUUAUUCUUCACUUAUGGCAGUGAAGAAACCAUCAUUUCCCUAGAUCUCGAAGCUGGGAAGGAUUACAAGAUCCGCGUUGAUUAUCGAUCUCACGAUAGACAGCUGGACGAAGCCAUACUUGCUGAGAUGGAUCCGAUGGAAGACAAAUUCCAGGGAGCGAGGAUUGGCUACCAAGAGCAAGAUUUCGUCGAUCAUGUCAAACAAGCCGCCACACUGGCCGAGGACGCGGACGCUACGAUCAUCGUCGUCGGCCGAGAUAAGGAGUGGGAGACGGAAGGGCAAAACAUUCCUUCAUUUGAGCUACCUGGAGAGCAGGUCAGGUUGAUUGAAGAGGUCUCCGCAGCGUGUAAACGCACCAUUGUCGUUGUCCAGGCGGGAACGCCCGUGCAGAUGGAUCCGUGGAUCAACAAGGUCCAAGCUGUGCUAUACACUUGGUACCAAGGCCAGGAGCUGGGCAACGCUGCCGCUUCGGUCAUCGUCGGCAAGUCUAACCCCUCUGGACGUCUUCCAAUGACGUUUCCCAAGAGAAUCGAGGAUUGCCCCGCCUUCUCGUCCUUCCCAGGGGAGCAAGGCGUGUCCGAGUACUCUGAAGGCAUUUUCGUCGGGUAUAGAUGGUGGGACUUGACAGACACGCAGCCCAAGUUCCCUCUUGGUUUUGGUCUAUCGUACAGCACUUUUGAGAUCAAGCCAGGCGAGAUCAGUUCUCCCGUUCUCUCAAAAGACUCUGUAUUGACUCUUUCUAUCCACGUGCGCAACACUGGCGGAAGCCAUCUUCCUGGCCGAGAGACCGUCAUUGCUUGGGGCGCUCCAAGGGCGAUGGGGCGGUUGCGAAGACCCAAGAAGCAAGUGUGCGCAUUUGGCAAAUCACCAGCCUUGGUGCCUGGGGAGCAAGCAAUUGUUACUCUCCAGCUCGAUGCGUAUAGUCUAGGAGUGUAUGAUCCAAAGAAGAGAACAUGGGUCAUAGAUGCGAACACCGAGUUUGAUAUCCUCAUUGGUACCACGGCGCUCAAUGCAUCUCCAGCUUGGGUAGUCAAAGUGCCAGAGGAGAUCACUUGGGUUCAUACAUUGAGCUAG